UUGGAAAUCAUUUCAGCGCAUUUUAGGUAUUUUAUUCUAUUUAAUGACGGUGCCCUCCUGGGAUUCAAAGCAAAGCCGAAGUUAGGUCAACCCUUUCCAGAACCUUUAAACGACUUCAUGGUGAAGGAUGCACAGGCAAUUCGCUACGAAAAGCCACGACCGAAUAUGUUCAUGAUACGUGUCCUUCAGUGGACCACAGUUAUUGAACGCACAUUCUAUGCUGAAACGGCGGAGGUAAGAAAUAUCUUCAGUAACACACACACUCCACAUCAAAGCUUUUACGAAUUCUAUUGUGCUAUCUCAAUGCAGCUUCUUGAAAUAGGUUUCUUUUUGGCAAUUGAGUUCCACUGUUCAUACUCUUUGACUCGCCAGGAAACUUUAGUCACACAGCAUAUGAGUGAAGAACCGCAACCUGUUCCAGAAGAAAUGAUGGAGGUGGUUAGCCAGGCAUCAAUGGAUGAUUUGUCUGGACAGUAUGCCGGUGCUGCACAUGCGAUCAUGGGACAACCCUCAAUUCCUGCAAAUUCGGGAGCCAAUGCAUUAGCGAGAACGGAAAUGAUGAGCAUUGCAGAUACUAGUGACGCUGCAAAACGAGACAAAAUAGUAAAUCUGCUUUAUAGAUGUUUAUAA